AUGAAUGACGUGGUGUCAAGGUCUCAAGACGAGUAUGAGGAUGACUUUGAGAAGGACCUAGACUGGCUUAUCAGUGAAGAGGGUCGCAGUGGGGAUCAGGGACCGAACUAUGAAGACCUAGAGGCUGAAAUAGACAAAGAACUUGAAGAGGAAUAUACACAACGAGUGAAACAUAAAGACAUGAAGCAAAAGGGGGACAGAACAGAAAACAAAAUACUUGAGUUAGACGAUGAAGAGAGGUGGCCUUCACCUAUGGACCCUCUUGAAUAUGACUCAGACAGAGACAUAUCAGACCUUGAGCCCCCUCCAUCAGAAAUUGCUGAACAGACAGAGGAAGAGAAAAAGUACAUAUUGGAAAAAAUACAACAAGCAAACCGGGAACUUGAAGACCAAGGUGCCCCUGAUAUGACACGGCGUCGACGGCUGCAUUUUAAAGAGACACUGGUUGAUUUGGUUGUGCCGCCCAUGCAUUUCGAGAAAGAUACAGGGAACAAUGUAGAGGUGAAUGGGAACAAAAUUGAUUCCACUAAGAACACACAAGCAGAGAUUGAAGUAUCUGGAAAGUUAUCUGAGCUGAAACUAUCAUCACAAGAUGCCCAGUUGUCAUGUGCAGGUCUGACAAUGACUGGAGAGAGCAAUGAAGGCGGUACGGAGGGGAAGGAGGGAAGAGUUCUCAUUGAAAAGGAUGGGAAGUUUGAUCUGGUCAGUAUAAGAGAAGUAGAAAGUCAUGGGCUCCUUCCCCCUAUAAGCAGUGACAGUACACACUCUCUCUCAAGCAUAUCCAGUAAGAAACACUCAGCCUCCUACUCCCCCAGAUCAUUUGCCAGCCACUGUGAAUCCAAAGAAAAAAUGUGCACUCCCAAGCCUCCCUCUCACCCGCGGGUUAGGCCCAGCUCAGCCAUUCAUAGUGUGAGAGCAAGCCAGGGGCGAGGAACCAAGCGACGAGUCCAGUCUGCUACAGGGAUGUCUUGCCAGUCUACCUUCAUGUUGUCACCACAACAAAAAGAGAUGCUGCUCAAAAUCCAAGAGAAAAAAGAAAGGCUUGCCAGAGAAGCGGAGGAGAAAAAACGUGAGGAUGAAGAGCAGAAGAGACAGGAAAAUGAGCUGGCAUUCAAAGCCUGGCUUAUGAGGAAAAGAGAGCGGAUUCUGGAGGAAAAACGAGUGCAACGAGCACAGGAAAUGGAGAGGAUGAAUUGUAAGAAAGACCUGAUUGACCCAGACGGGGCCUUCAGACACUGGCUCCAGAGGAAGCAGGUGCAGCAGCAGAGGGAGAGGCAGCUGGUUGAGCUUAAGAGGCUGGAGGAGGACACUGGUUACCUUCUGCGCAGCAGGGAGGACUGUGAGCAUGCUUUCAGACGGUGGCUGAGGAGAAAGCGUUUGGAGAAGCUGGCAGAGCAGCAGGCUGCUCGAGAACAUGCUCGUAGACUAGUGUUGGAAGAGCGACGAGCACGUCGUAUGAAGGACCUCAUGUGUGUGGUUAAUGAUGCCAGGCCUUUCAGAUUCAACGAACAGCUGUCAUACCGCCUCUAA